AUGCCCGGGCAGAGCCUGGAGGAUUUCUCUCUGGCUCAUUCCGAAGACAAUGAGAUCAGCAUCAACGUCGGAGGCUUUAAGAAAAAGAUGCGAUCCAACACCCUACUAAGAUUUCCCGAAACCAGGCUGGGCAAACUGCUGAGCUGCCACUCAAAGGAGUCGAUAUUAGAGCUCUGUGACGAUUAUGACGACGCCAAGAACGAGUUUUACUUUGACCGGAACCCCGAACUUUUCCCCUACGUGUUACAUUUUUACAACACCGGCAAGCUCCACGUGAUGGGCGAACUCUGCGUGUUCUCCUUCAGCCAGGAGAUUGAAUACUGGGGCAUCAAUGAGUUCUUCAUUGACUCGUGCUGCAGCUACAGCUACCAUGGGAGGAAAAUGGAGCCGGAUCAAGAGAAAUGGGAAGAGCAAAGUGACCGGGAAAGCACCUCGUCUUCGUUUGAUGAAAUCUUGGCCUUUUACAACGAUGCCGCCAAGUUUGACAAACAACCCUUUGGAAACGUCAGGAGGCAGCUCUGGCUAGCUCUGGACAAUCCCGGCUACUCUGUCUUGAGCCGAAUAUUUAGCGUCCUGUCAAUAGUGGUUGUUCUUGGUUCCAUUGUGACCAUGUGCCUGAACAGCCUCCCGGACUUCCAGCUGGUUGACAGCUACGGGAAGGCCGAGGAAGAUCCUCGGUUUGAAAUCGUGGAACAUUUUGGCAUUGCAUGGUUCACAUUUGAGCUGAUGGCAAGAUUUGCAGUGGCUCCUGACUUCUUGAAGUUUUUCAAGCAUGCCCUGAAUCUGAUUGACCUCAUGUCCAUCCUGCCAUUUUACAUUACCUUAAUUGUUAACUUGGUUGUGGAAAGUAGCCCGGCUUUAGCAAAUUUAGGUAGAGUAGCCCAAGUCCUAAGACUAAUGAGAAUCUUUCGCAUCUUAAAACUUGCUCGACAUUCAACUGGCCUCAGGUCUCUUGGGGCCACUUUGAAGUAUAGCUACAGGGAGGUAGGGCUUCUCUUACUAUACCUCUCUGUUGGGAUCUCCAUAUUCUCGGUAGUGGCUUAUACCAUUGAAAAAGAAGAAAAUGAGGGCUUAGCCACCAUCCCCGCUUGCUGGUGGUGGGCUACAGUUAGCAUGACCACAGUUGGCUAUGGAGAUGUUGUCCCAGGGACCACUGCUGGCAAACUGACGGCGUCUGCAUGCAUCCUAGCUGGUAUCUUGGUGGUAGUGCUUCCCAUAACGCUCAUCUUCAAUAAAUUCUCUCACUUUUAUAGGCGUCAGAAGCAGCUAGAAAGUGCCAUGAGGAGCUGUGAUUUUGGUGAUGGAAUGAAAGAGGUUCCAUCAGUCAAUUUAAGGGACUAUUAUGCUUAUAAAGUUAAAUCCCUUAUGGCCAGUUUUACCAAUCUGAGCAGGAGUACUCCCAGCGAACUAAGCCUAAAUGAUUCACUGCAUUAG